UGCAGAACAUACAGGGUCUGGAUGAAUAACCAUGGCAACAGCAGCAGCAGCAGGAGAAGCGGCGGUAUAAACAUUGCGUAGCGCGCAUCCAUCCGCAAACGGCGAGUCGCCGCGCAAAAGGCUGGACCCCGAGCCCCUCUGUGGAUAACACACUUCAUCAGUGCCAAGGUGAUGAGCGGGAAUGUACCAUGUCUGAAGUACAGGGAACGCUGGAGUUUUCUGUGGAGUUGCAUAAGUUUCACAAUGUGGAUCUCUUUCAAAGGGGGUUCUACCAGGUCCGAGCAGGAUUGAAGGUCUCGCCCCGGGUGCCCCACAGGUUGACAGCGACAACUCAAGGCAACACAGGAGAAUGCAGCUUCAGCUCCGCGGGGGUCUACGAUGGCACCGCGUUCAGCCGGAUAUUUCAGAUCCUCUACAGGAACGAGGAGAUGGCCGUGAAUGACUGCAUGAUCUUCAAAGUCCACCUGCUGUUGGACGGAGAAAGGGUGGAGGAAGCCAUGAGUGAGGUGGACUUUCAGUUGAAGCUGGAUCUUCAUUUCACAGAAAAUGAGCAACAGCUGGCAGAGAUACUGACUGUCCCGCUGAUCAGCAGUCGCACCCUCAGCCUCCACUUCCACCCACGCCGGGGCCUCCACCACCACGUCCCCGUCAUGUUCGACUACUUCCACCUGUCCGUCAUUUCUGUCUCCGUACACGCCUCACUGGUUGCCUUACAUCAGCCGCUAAUCAGCUUUGCACGUGCAGGGAAGGGCUCCUGGCUGGGCAAGGGCUCGCCGGAGAGCGAGAGCGACCUGUCCGCCAUGUCCGUAGAGAACCUCGUGUUCGGAGCCGGCUACUGCAAACCUGUCAUCUCGGAGGGGAGCUUUUAUGUGGCCAGUGAAAACUGCCUGCAGAGAGCUCACACGUGGCACCGGAGACUCUGUCGCCUCCUGCUGGCGGCACACAGAGGCCUGCAAACGUACCACAGCGCGCUGUUGAAGGACAUCCCGCAGCUCCAGCAGACUCCACUAGACUCUGAGGUUCUGCCUGUAGAGGAAACUCUCAGUCAGCUCACAUUAGAGUUGCAGCUGCAGGAGGGCCACGAGAAGGUAGCGGAGCAGAUCAGCAGGGACGUGAGCCAGCUCUGCUCCCAGCUGGCUGCUCUGUGGAGCCGCUUCCUGGAGGCCGCUUUGCUCAACCCCCACAUCCUCUCCUAUCUGGCCCAGGAACACCACACGCUCAGGGUCAGGAGGUUCUCGGAGGCAUACUUCUUCACUGAACACCCCAAAGAAGUAUCUCUUACCUUUCAAGAGGAACUAAUCAACAGACAUGGCCAGAUAGCUGGAGAAGUGAGAAGCUCGGACUACCUGACCAAGAUGCCUCCUUUACCGGUUGAGUGCCUGGACAUCGAUGGAGACUGGAACAGCCUGCCCAUCAUCUUUGAGGACAGAUAUGUGGACUCUCCUCAAACAGAGUGGGUAUCACAUGUGCCAAUGCCUGCAAGUACGGAGGAGUGGACCAACUCAGAUGCAGCCAUCACUUCUUCCAAAAAGAUUCUUGAAAGCAGCCAGGGAGCCAAAUCAACAGUAAUACCCUUGGAUCCCUUGGACAGUGACGACUGCAUGGACCUGCCCACAUAUGUCUCCUUUAUAGCAGAGCAGAGUAAGACAUGCACCAACAUUAGGAGUAUCCAGAGACCCAUUCCUCCUGAAGACAGAGCCGAACACCCCCAAGCAGGGGCAGAAAACUCGAAGAAACCAGGGGGAAAACAAGGCCAGGUGGAGAAGAACCGUGGUUUGGGUCUGCGGUACAUCACAGUGAAGCCUUGUGAUGAUCCAUAUAGAGGUGAAGCAGUCCUGGUUCACACCUUAAACAACCCACUCCCUGUCUUCACUGACAGCAGCGAGGAGUCUCCAGCUCACCGUGACACAGAAAACACCGUCCAACUUUCUGCUGCCACAAAUGACAGCAAUGCAAGAGAGGACGAAAACCAUGAAGAGGAGUCUGACAUUGCAAUGCCAUUGAAUCACUCCAAUGAUGGCGAGGGUGAGGAUACUUCUCUCAUUAGCCUACCCACUGCCUUUGUGCAUCCAGUUACGUCUCCCUGCGCUGGUGAUCUCAGAAAAGACGUGACUCACCGUGGAGGCCUGGCCGCCUCCAAAAUCAUGAAGCGUUCGUCGUCCGUUAUUUCCGACUCAGGUAUUGAGAGUGACCCCAGCUCGGUAGCGUGGCCUGUGGAGGCAACACUUCGUAGGCGACCUCCGCUUGACUUCUCCAGCGAACGGGAGCUCCCACAGCAAAUAGUCCGUCGCCGCCCAGUCCACCGCAGCUCUCUGGAAGGCCUGCAGAUGGAGAGUAACGGCAGCCUUCCAAGUGCUGGGAUACAGGCCUCACUCACCUCCAUUAGCUCCCUGCCUUAUGAGGAGGACCAGCAACAGAGGCAGCUCAGCAAACUGACCAAGUCAGUCUCAGCACCGCAGAUAAGUAGUCCAGAGGACACAGAGGAGGACCAUGUGCUGCCCAACCAGGAAGCAAAUACUAAGAACUUAAUGCAACAACAGGAUUCAUGUAAGAUCAACUGCUCCUCCUUGAUCAGCAACCUAGAUUCAGAGCAAUCUGUAUCAUCUCUAUUAGACAGUUCAGUUACAAAUCUUGGCAACAUUCUCAAGGAGAGUAUUAGCUCAGUUAAGUCAAGCGCAGAGACAUACAGACCUAAGACUGUGUUAAGUGGUGUGUCUGAAGUGUUGCAUCUACAAGAGUCCGUGGAAAGCCCUCAUGCGAAGGAAAGUGCUGUUAUUGGCAGCUACGGGGAGUAUAUAAAUCAUCAAGCACACAUCAGUGGAGUAAGCACCUCAGCGGAGGAUGUGCAUCUCAUUGAAUCAGAAGCAGUGCCCUGUAGCUGUGGAAACAAACCAUGUUCGCAUGAAAGUGCCGCGGAUCAAGAGAGAAUUAACGCGGGAGAUGAGUGCCACGGUUUCCAUCGGACCAAAGUAAUUGCUGUUGAGGACCAGGAGGGCCUGGAUUCCACCGGAGCACCUCUCGAGCCUUCGAGACUUCAAUACUCCGACAACCUCUCCAACGGCACCACCACCACACGGAGGCCCAGCGACCUCACAGGGCUGACAGCCAGCGAUAUCAUGUCAUCGUUUGACCGCAAUGGGAUGUCAUCAAGUGAGAAAGCGCCUUUAGACUGCCAGACGAAGUCCACUAAUAUCCCCAACUCGGGUUUGGCCUUUAUGAACAAGAAAAUGACGGAGGUGGUGAACAUGUCAGUGUCCUGUGCCCCGACCUGUCUGCCAUUUUCUUCUGUUCUGAGAGACUCGCCAUCCAUCAGUGGGAUGUCCACUCGCCAGACUACCUCACCUAUCACCCAUCAGCCCCUAGGCUCCUUUGGUAUCAUCUCCUCAUCUUCACUCAACCCCCUUAACAUGGAUGAUGAGACCAACGAACGCAUGCUCAAAUUCUACAAGGCUAAAGAGGAGCUGUUCCAAGAGUUGUGUUUUCAGGCCAACUUGUACAGCGACCUUCCUCUCUUGGCGUCAGACCUGCCCUACUUCCCCCCGGAGGAGGACGAUGAGGAGUUUGAUGACGGCAUACACCUCGUAGUGUGUGUCCAUGGGCUUGAUGGAAACAGUGCAGACCUUCGGCUGGUUAAGACCUUUAUCGAGUUGGGGCUGCCGGGGUCCAGGCUCGACUUCCUCAUGUCCGAGAGGAACCAGACUGACACGUUUGCAGAUUUCGACACCAUGACAGACAGGUUGCUGGAUGAGAUCAUCCAGCACAUCCAGCUCUACAAUCUCACCGUAGGCAGGAUAAGUUUCAUCGGCCACUCUCUGGGGAACGUCAUCAUCCGCUCUGUGCUGACGAGGCCUCGGUUCCGCUGCUACUUGCCCAAACUGCACACUUUCCUCUCGCUGUCGGGCCCCCACCUGGGAACGCUGUACAACAACAGCACACUGGUCAGCACAGGGCUGUGGUUGAUGCAGAAGCUGAAGAAAUCGGGAUCCUUGCUGCAGCUCACCUUCAGAGAUCACGUGGAUCCACGGAAAACGUUCCUCUAUCUCCUGAGUCAGAAACCAGGGCUCCAGUUCUUCAAGAACGUGGUGUUGGUGGCAUCUCCACAGGACCGUUAUGUGCCGUUCCACUCCGCAAGAAUAGAGAUGUGCAAAACUGCUCUCAAAGAUAGAACCACAGGACCCGUGUACACUGAAAUGAUCAACAACCUGCUGCAGCCACUCAUGGAGGCCAAAGAGUGCCGGCUGAUCCGCCAGAAUGUGUUCCAUGCCCUGCCCAACACGGCCAACACCCUGAUUGGCCGCGCGGCCCACAUCGCCGUCUUGGACUCCGAGCUGUUCCUGGAGAAGUUCUUCUUAGUGGCGGGGCUCAACUACUUCAAAUGAAGGUGCUACUGCCGCAGGCGGACAGGUCAAAACCCGUUGGUGACUGGCAGAGCUGAUUUGGUGGGAGGGGGGGGGGGGGGUCCUUACCUUCGCCUUGUACAGUGUAUUUAAUGUAUAUAAUCCCAGGCAUCCAGGAGGCAAGACCUGUUUAUGUCAUUGGUUGGGAUUGAUAGAAGGUCAUCGUGCAUUGUGACUGUUUCAAUUGCUAACUCGUCCGAUUUUGACGCGUAAGCCAUGCAAAACAAGAAAUGCGACACCUUAACGCAGGGCCGUUCCAUUGGCCUCUUGAACAACCUCUCAGCCAGAACUCUAACCGAUGCGACUUGCAGCAUUUAUCUACUUACAUUUUAGGGGUUGGUUGUAAGGGGUUACACGGAUGAUAGUUUUACACUGUCCCUUAGACCUGGGGCAACCGAUGCACGGCAUUUAUCCUCUUGAUUGUACAUGGUUUUUGUUGUACAAAAAACAUGAACGGUCCUUUAUACAGAAAUGAGUAUAUUGUUUAAAAAUUAUUUAUUUUUUAUCUGCUCAUGUAUCUAGUGUAAGUAGUUCCUCUAAAUGUGAUAUUUUGUGUUGUCGUCCUCGAAUCCAUCAUGAGAAAAUCUGAAAAUGAGUGUUUAUACGAUGUUAUACUAUGUAGCCUAUGAUUCAGUAUAUUGUAAAAUAAUCAACUUUUCCAUACAUUUACUGUUCCUUUUCGUUUUCCUUUUGUUUAACUGCGGUUUAAACCCAACUCAUCGACCACGAUCAGCUAAGCGUUGAGCUGCAGCACCAUGAGCAUUACAGUAUCAUUGAUACCAAUGGCUCCAAUAUCCAAUAUCAUUGAUACACAGCUGCUAUGUUGGCCUUAUUGUUGAACUGAUUUUGCACUGACUGACUGGAAAGGCCGAUUGAUUAGGGUCCAUGAAUUCAAUUGAUCGUUUGCCACGGCCCCGUCCUCCUUGACUCCCGUUGCUGCACCUGUCAGGCUUUGCAGAAUGGCCUGAAGAAUCGUUUUUUUUGUAUUGUAAGUAAUGUAACCUAGUUAAUUAAAGACGUGUCCCUUGACCUUUAAAGUAACAGAAUGCUGUGUAGCGAUUAUGUGUAGAACACACAAUACUUUGCAUAAACCGUCUUGACAGAAGUAAAUCUACAACUUUAGGAUGUAAAUUAGGAUCUGAAAUUAGGAUAUCCCAAUUGAGAUAAACAACUACUUCCCAUUUUUGUCCUUCAUUCAUGUGACAGGGAAGCAGAAAACCGGGCUUAAUCAUGUAAUCAACAGCAAAUGUACUGUACACAUAAUGUACAGUGUAUUUGCACAUUAUCCACUGCUAUAUAGUGCAAUCUCACGGUCUAAUGGCCAUCACAGUCUCAACGAACCAUAUCCAAUUGUAGAAAAAUCCUCUACACAACGUUGGAUGGAUUGUAUAAGGCACUCUGAAAUGUAUCAUUAUUUAUCAAACGUCGUGAAUCAGGGUGAUAUUACUUUUGGAAAGCUGGAUUAUUUCGCAUAAACACCGACCCACUGCCAAGACUUUUUUCUUACGCACUGUCAUUUUCUAUAAACUUAAGUUCGGUACGAUGCAUGACGGGAGCGGGCGGAGCGCCGUCGUAGCAGACCCUGCCUCAUGUUGUUCGACAUGUAUGAUGCCAAAUGUUGCUCGUCUCAUCGGCUGAAGCAAAUUUCCUUUUUUUUUUGCCUCCAUCCACCACCUUUGCUGUCACCUUCCAAGCGUGACGGGAGACGUGGUUGUCCAGCGUACGGUUGAGGAGCGUUUCCUCAUCACUGUGCUGUCCAUCAAAUGAUGCCUACAUUCCGGCAUCAGAGAACUGUUAUCGUGAACGUCUCGCAUCCAGCGGUGGCUGUGCGUUGGCUGUGCAUGUGCAGUCGUGUACAUAGCGAGAGCUAUAUUUAACCUUUGCACUGGUUCGACGGCAAGUGCACUUUAUUGACAACCUUGUGUCGACCUCCACCAGCUUUACAAAGUCAAAAGAGCAUUUUUUUCCUUCUUUUUCUCAAGUUUUAUACGUGCCCUAUUCUUUUCUUUUCCUUGCAUCUGAAGGUUGCGUCGCGUACCCGUCGUAAGAGCUGACCUCGGCUGUCCGUCUCAGGCCAUUCGAGCAUUGUGUCGUCCUCAAAGUGUGCUGUCUCGGAGAACAAGUGCUCUUUUUUCUGCGUAGAAGCUGUGGCGCCGCAUGGUAAACAGGGUGUCACCGUGAUUGACUCUAAUCAAAUGGGCCCCCGUAGGACGGCGAGAUCGUUUCCCCCAAAAGACACAAAGCAAAGCUGCAUAAGCAUCACGCGUCAUUCGUCAACACACAAACACACACAGACUCGCACAUCCCACCCAUAACACAGAAACACACACACACACACACACACACACGCUGUAUGUGGAUGAGGCUUUAGAUUGUUUGCCUCUCCUGCAAAUGUGCAUUUAGGGCCAUUUGUGUGUUUACCGAGAGGGGUCAGGAGGAAUCGAUGGAGGGAAAAACGUGUUUGGGGUAUUGGGACGGGCAAAUGCAGGUUCUGAGUUGUUCCACGAGAUGGACGUCUGUCCUGUUUCCUUUUUUUUUUAAUGACUGAAUAUGUCUCCGAGCGUGUUAGGUGUUCUAUCAAUGCUGGUGUCAUAAGAGUGAAGUCAGACUUGAUCCGUGUGAACAGUAGAUCCUUGCAAGUGCUGUCAACCUUCAAAAGUAGCUGACUUGAACCUUUUUGUAUUUGAUUGCCCUUUACUGCGCGUUUAUUUGUAGUCUGUGUGUGUGUGUGUGCAUGCGUGCGUGCGUGUGUGUGUGUGUGUGGUUGUCGGAGAACAGUGUGUGAAAUGUGAAUGGAAGUCGAUGUGUCAUCAUAGUCUGCUCGUCGGCCUCGUGUUUGAACUGAAUGUAAAAAAAUAGAACGACUUUUGACUUCACUGUGAGGAACGUGUGUUUGUGUCAUUCUCCAGUUGUUUUGCUGAAUGUAUACCAUGUACAGUAAAUACUACUUCAUCUGUGCCAAUACUAAUAUUUUUCUAUGUCGCUGACUGUACUGUACGUACUCCUUACUAGCUUGUGUUCCAUGUAAAAUUAUAAAUACAAAUAUAUGUAUAUGGCAUAGCAUUAUUAUAACAGA